AUAGUAUAUGUACGUAUAAUUAUAUUUCAAAUUUCAGGAGCCAAUGUAAAACUAAAGUGGAAAAACCUAAAAGACACUUUUCGAAGGGUUCUUCGAAAAGCUCCACGUCCAGUAUCGGGAUCCGAAGCUCCACCAACAAAACCGAAAUGGCCAUUUUUUGAAAUGAUGGCCUUUACGAGGCAGACAAUUGAACCCGAUCCAACUGAGGGAAAUCUUCGAGAACCAGAAAGUUAUUCAAUGGCUCAAAAUCGUUUUUUCGCAGAAACAAUAUCAGAUUUACUGGAAGAAGAGGAUGUAACCCUUUCAAGUGUCAAUAUGCUUACAAACAGCACUCCUUCUACGAGCACCAGCUGCCCCCAAAACGUGCGAAAAAAUAAAAAUAAGAGAGCGUCAACAUACAAUUUGGAGUCAGAAUUUCUCGAGUUAGAAAAAGAAAGACUACAAAUUUUAAAGAAAGAGGUAGCAAAAAAAGAAGAGGAUAGUGAUGACCUUCAAUUUUUCAAAAGUCUUUUGCCAUUUAUGGCACAAUUUAACAAUUUUGAAAAACUUGAGAUAAGAACUGACAUUCAAAAUAUUAUAUUGGAUAAACUGAAGAAUACAAAUAAAGAUUAAAAAAAUUAAAAAAAA